AUGUCUCGCCCUGAAGAUCUUCUCCCACCCGACCUCUACUACAAUGACACCGAGUCCACAAAAUACACUACUUCCUCCCGCAUCCAAGCCAUCCAGGCUUCCAUGACCAACCGCGCCCUCGAGCUUCUCGACCUCGAUCAACCGUCGCUCAUUCUAGACAUAGGCUGUGGCUCGGGUCUGUCAGGCGAAAUCCUUUCUGAAGACGGCCACAUAUGGGUAGGUAUGGACAUAUCGCCCAGUAUGCUGGACAUUGCAUUACAACGAGAAGAUGUCGAAGGAGAUUUGUUUCUGGCGGACAUGGGUCAGGGCAUACCCUUUCGAGCGGGUACAUUUGAUGCUGCCAUUAGCAUCAGCGCUGUACAGUGGCUUUGCAAUGCCGAAACCAGCGGUGUCAGUCCUGAAGGAAGAUUGAGGAGGUUCUUCGACGGUCUUUACGCGUCAUUACGAAGAGGUGGGAAGGCAGUCUGUCAGUUCUACCCCAAAAACGAGCACCAGCGUACCAUGAUUAGCUCAGCUGCCAUACGUGCGGGCUUUGGCGCCGGCAUUCUCGAAGACGAUGGCGGGACGAAGAACGUCAAGACAUAUCUUGUGUUGAGUGUAGGGGGAGGCGAUAUCACUAGAGCAGUGGCCAAGAUGGAGGGUAUUGACAUUGAGGACGGCAGGAAAAUCAGAGACGCAAUGCAAAGAGGGAAAAAGAACGGCGCAGAUGCCAAGGGAAGUAAACAAUGGGUUCUGAAGAGGAAGGAAAAGAUGAGAGGGAAGGGCAAGAUUGUCAAGGCCGAUUCAAAAUAUACCGGACGACGGCGAGGACCGAAGUUCUGA